CGCCUGACGACUGUGGCACCGAGUCGGGUACUUUAAUUUUGACAACGGGGAAAGAGUAUAACUUUAAUUGUGACAUGUCUCACACUCUCUAACUGUCAUUUAGACCAGUUGAAUGUAAUGACGAGUAAGUCAAAACGGUACUGUAGCGUUUAUGCUACAGUGCACCGUGCGGCGGUGCCUCCCGGUCUGUAAAACGAGUUAACCCAGAGCUUCCUCGGACCAAUGGGAGCUGCAGUUUCGCCGGGACGUUUCAUACGUCACAUGUCGUAUGCUUUUCAUAUGUCCCUACCUCACUUACGUUCUGCCGGGAAAACACCGUCUAAUGAACAGCAAAGUGUCCGUCUUGGUGGGGGCUUCGCCAUCCGAAACCGACCGGCACUGUCUGCGUGAAAUAGGGAAUGAGCGACGAGACAGCAUCGGACGGCUGGAAGAAGAACUCCGGGUGCUCCAGUAUUGAGCAAAUGCUGGCUGUGAAUCCUGGAAAGACGCCCAUCAGUCUGCUGCAGGAGUAUGGAACGCGGAUAGGCAAGACCCCAGUGUAUGACCUGCUGAAGGCCGAGGGACAGGCCCACCAGCCCAACUUCACUUUCCGCGUCUCUGUUGGAGAGAUCAGCUGCACCGGCCAAGGGCCCAGCAAGAAGGCGGCCAAGCACAAAGCAGCCGAGGCUGCUCUGAAAAUGCUCAAAGGAGGUCUUGGAGGUCCCGCCGGAGUUGGUAUUGGAGUAGACGGGUUUAUUGCGGUUGAAGUUUCCACUGAUGUAGACAGCUCCCAGUCAGAGAUGAAGACCUCAGGCAGCUCUCAACAGUCUGAAUGCAAUCCUGUAGGGGCUUUACAGGAACUGGUGGUGCAGAAAGGAUGGCGUUUGCCAGAAUACACUGUCACUCAGGAGUCUGGUCCAGCACAUCGCAAAGAGUUCACCAUGACCUGUAGAGUCGAGAGAUUUGUGGAAAUCGGAAGUGGAACGUCCAAGAAGCUAGCCAAGAGAAACGCAGCAGCUAAGAUGUUAUCGCGCAUACAUGACGUCCCGGUAGACCUUAGGACCAGCAACGAUGCUGACUUGGAGGAGGACACAUUCACCAUGCAUAUGGGAAGCAGAACUGAGUCGGGCAAAAGUAAAAGCUUCAGCUGCACGUGGGACUCUCUGCGUAACUCUGCUGGAGAGAAGAUCCUUCAGCUCCGUAGCCACCCCCUGGGCAUGCCCUCCGGCUCCAACUUCUGCUCCCUGCUGAGCGACCUCUCUCUCGAGCAGUGCUUUGACAUCAGUUACCUUGAUCUAGAGGAGCGCAGUCUGAGCGGCCUGUGUCAGUGUCUAGUGGAGCUGUCCACACAACCAAUCACAGUGUGCCAUGGCUAUGCUCCGAGCAUAGAUGCAGCUCGAGCCAACGCAGCCCACAAUGCACUGCAGUACCUCAAAAUCAUGGCCGGGGGGAAAUGAUGUCAUUUUCCUCCCCCACAGACUCUAACUAGCUACUUGCGUGACGACACAUUGCCAGGAUUCCACUUUGGACGGAGAAAACCUUUUGCGAUGAGUUCAAAUACCAUGAAUUACCUCAAAUUUGGAAAUGGACACUUUUUCUGUCCCCAAGUCGACUCCAUGGAGCCUCGUUGGUCACUUUGAUUUCUGAUUGUUGAGAGAUGCCCGAAAAUGUAUAUUGAUACUAAUUUUAAAUAUUUGUUACAAAUUAUUUUAAGGUAUUCUGUCAUCCAUACACAGCGCAGCGAUGUCUGGAAUUUUAAAUUGUGCUUUCGCACCGACUUCCCAAGCACCUGUAGAUUAAUUCUGGCGCAACCAAAAAGAAAUAAGACGAAUCUCAUGUGUGGACAUAAAAUAAAAUAAAACAGCCAUGCUGCUGGAAGAUGGAGAAGGAGACUAAAUACAAGUCAGAAAAUAGUUAUUUUAGAGACUUCCCUUUUACACACGUGUUUGUGCGUUAGUCUUGAAAAUGUUCUUGUAUAUUAAUUUGCGCCAAUAAAAUUCACAUUCUAUGUCACUGUGAUGUUCUUGCUGUUAAAAAUUCUUAGUUCCCCCUCUCACUUUCAGUUUAAACUUCUGUUUUUUGAACCAUUUUUAUUCAUGUCACUCUAAGGCAUUUAAAGUGCAAGUGUAAAGAAGGUGAUGGAAAGUGAUAUGAAUUACCCCCUUUUUUGCCACUUGUUCAAAUUCCUCAAGAGAUAAAAAUUAACUUCCUAUUUCUGUUCAUAAAUGAACGUAUGAACAAAAUAACAUUUAACGUCUUACCGUCAUUUUACUUUGUAAAUUACAAUUUAAAUCAAACGGCAGUGGAACAAAAAACGUACUCUUGAUUUUCUGUAUUAAAUGCCACAAAAAUAAAGCAACCACAAAUUGUUCUGCGCACAAUAUUAGCUAUAGAAUGUUCCAUUGUUUAUAAUUUUAGCCCCUGUAAAAAGAAAAGGGGGAGGGGGUUAUCUGUCUGUGUGACUCGUACUACUAGGAUUAUGUGUAAAUGAAUGUCUUGUGAAAGUUUCAUCAUCACAUUUAUUGUACUGUACUUGCUAAUCUGCUGACAUUCUGGUUUCCACUCUGCUGAAAUAAGUAUUGAACAGAGUGAACCGUUUUUGUUCUACUUAAAAGGACAUUGUUAUUUGCACAAUGAAGGCCGACAAAAUUAACCUCAUUCUCUUUGAAAUGGCAGAUCUGCGUGUUCCUUUUUUUUCUGAUAAAUGAAAUAAAUUGAAGUUCAUUUUUAAAUUUCAGGUGCUGACACAGUAUUAGUGCUGCUGUUGUUUUUUGUCAUCGUCAAAGAAAUGUUUCCCAGUUUUUAAAGUUUGAGCUCCAUGUGAAAUUGACUUUGUUUCCAAUAAAACAUUUGAUGUAAAUUUA